AUGGCAAUAGCACGGACGACCACCAUCAUCUUCUCUGCCAUAAUCGUCAUGCUCUUUUCCUUAGCCACCACUGCUCAGACCAACGAAGACGUUGGUGGCAAGCCUGAGAAGACCCAUUUCCUUGUUGAAGCGUGCAAAAACGCUUCAAUCAACUCAUCUGACGAUCACAUCACAGAAGAAUUCUGCGUCUCGACUCUCCGACAGGACAAGCAGAGUGAUGAGGCAAAGGACCUUCGUGACCUGGCCCUUGUUGGUGUAGACAUCCUCAAGGGACAUAUCAUUGCCGCAAGUGGCAAAGUCAAACAACUUAUGCACAGUGUCAAGAAUGGCACAUCAACAGCACGCCGCCUCAGUUUGUGCGACCUGGACUAUGACGCCGCGGUGACCGUCCUCAAUGUUUGCAACACCAUGCUCAAGGACUACCGUGGUCCCAAAGGCGGUGAAAAGGAUGGACCCCUAUCCUUUUAUUUACCCGACUGUGUGGGUAAUGCAUGCGCCUUUUUCGGCUACUGUGGGCAUGAGCUUGUUGACAUGCCUGGGUGGGAGGCGUUGUACAAAGAAAACAUUGAGCUCGACAAGCUGGGCAACCUCAAUGUUGCCUUGAUGACACCAUAUUGGGAUUUCACCCAAAAUUAG